CGUCCCGCGGCGCGCCCCUCUUCGUGCGGCUCCUCGCGGCCACCGUAGAGGGCGUGGGGCGGCCGCGGGGACGGAAGCCGGGAGGCGCCGCCGACCGCGCCUGCGACACCGUCAGCCCUGCGCGGAGCGCCGGCCCAUGGCGGCGGCGGCGGCGAUGGCGGAGCAGGAGGGCGCCCGAAAUGGUGCCCGCAACCGCGGGGGUGUCCAGCGCGUGGAGGGCAAGCUCCGUGCCAGCGUCGAGAAGGGCGAAUACUACGAGGCACACCAGAUGUACCGGACCCUCUUCUUCAGAUACAUGUCCCAAAGCAAGCAUGCGGAAGCCCGGGAGCUCAUGUACUCGGGAGCACUGCUGUUCUUCAGUCAUGGCCAGAACAGUGCUGCUGAUCUGUCUAUGCUGGUCCUCGAGUCCCUGGAGAAGGCGGAGGUGGACGUGGCCGAUGAACUGCUGGAAAAUCUGGCUAAAGUGUUCAGUUUGAUGGAUCCAAAUUCUCCCGAGCGAGUAGCUUUUGUAUCCAGAGCCCUGAAGUGGUCCAGUGGAGGGUCUGGGAAACUGGGCCAUCCCCGGCUCCACCAGCUACUGGCCCUUACGCUGUGGAAAGAGCAAAACUACUGUGAGUCUCGGUACCACUUCCUGCACUCCACGGAUGGUGAGGGCUGUGCCAACAUGCUGGUGGAAUACUCCACCGCCCGGGGCUUCCGCAGCGAAGUGGACAUGUUCGUGGCCCAGGCUGUGCUACAAUUUCUCUGUUUGAAAAACAAGAACAGUGCACUGGUGGUCUUUACAACCUACACACAGAAGCACCCGUCCAUCGAGGACGGGCCACCCUUUGUUCAGCCCCUGCUGAAUUUCAUCUGGUUUUUGCUGCUGGCUGUGGACGGUGGCAAACUGGCUGUGUUCACAGUGCUGUGCGAGCAGUACCAGCCAUCCCUGCGGAGGGACCCCAUGUAUAACGAGUACCUCGACAGGAUUGGACAGCUCUUCUUCGGUGUACCGCCCAAGCAGUCGUCCUCCUAUGGAGGCUUGCUAGGGAACCUGCUGAGCAGCCUCAUGGGCUCCUCAGAGCAGGAGGAGGGGGAGGAGAGCCAGGAUGACAGCAGCCCCAUCGAACUGGACUAAAGCUGCCCGGCCCACAUGGAGGUGCCCAUGGCUGGCACCGCUGGGACAGAGUCAGUGCCAGACCAGGCAUGAGGCCCCUCACCAGCAGGCUUCUGGGUCCGUAGCUGGCAGGGCCGUCUGUGCAGAGUCUGUCCCUAUUUAUGUAUGGUGGCUGAGGGCUGCGUGGCCUGCCUGUCGCUGUGUAGCCAGGACCAAGAGCGAGGUCCAGCACUGCUGGCCGACCGUGUUCCCUCAGAUCAUCCACAAUAAAGCGCAGGCCUUGCUGCAGCACCUGCUGCCAUCCUUGUCUCUGGUUCCUUGGGGAGGGCUGCGGGGUGAUGCAGCAGCCUGGUGUCAGUGACUGCUGUCCCCUCCCCUGUGUCCAGCGUAGCCGCAGCAUGCUGCAGGAGCAAUGACUGCUAAUGUGAGCUGGGCUGGCCCUGGGUCCUGCAGACAAGAGCAGGUUUCUUGUUUAUCUUAUUUUUGUUGACACGGGGUCAUUUUGAAAUCAUGGUGUGCUUCCCACAGCAGGCAGAGCACGUGGGCCGUGGUGGCUGGGCUCCUUGGAGGUCACGAGCAGCCGGCCUGGUUGGUAUCCCCUGGUCUACAAAGCUGUGGGCCCUGCUGUGCCCUGGUGCGGCCUGUGGUCCCUCUGUGAGAGUUCCAAGCUUUGGGGUCCUGCUGGUCCCUUUAGGCCCUGCGGUGCUGCUCAGGGGUGCUGUAGAGCUCCCCCUGUCCUCAUGUUGCAGUAUUUAUUUUUACUGGGUGAUGGAUUUUUCAACCUAACAUUUUAGGACUUAACCAAAUAACCAGUCCAGAAAUGAGCAGCCCCAUCCAUUACCACAGAUAAUAUCCCACGCCACCAGUCUGAUUAUAAAGGGAGACACUUUAUUUUUUCACAGUUAAAUUAAGAGUUGUAGAUUAAUACACCUGGGUCAUGCAUGGGAAGGAGGGAAAUAAGCAUUAUUUACUGUUUUAAAGAAAAUGGAAUUUAAAGGAAGGUUUGUGUCACCUGUUUGAGUAUAAAUAAAUCCUUUGUACUGGG